CAUAAGUGAGGUAAUAACAUGAUAACAAAGUAAAGUAUGCCGAGAUCUGUGCUGUAGUUGCGUUCUAUGUUACGUCAGUGUCGGACGUUUAUUUUGCUAUUCCAAUGGCUUUAGAAGGUCAUCAGUUGUUUUUGAGUAAAAGAAUCGUCACUGAAGACGAAAUUAUUGACGGUGGAGUGUUGGUCAACGAGAAAGGUGUUAUAGAAAAAAUUCUGAACAGGAAAGAAGCGGACAAAUUAUUAGCCGAGGAAGAUGGGAAGAUUAAGGUGGUUGAUGGUGGUGAUGUAGCGUUGCUGGCGGGCGUGGUAGACUCGCACGUACACGUGAACGAGCCCGGUCGUACCGCAUGGGAGGGCUUCCGUACUGCAACCAGCGCUGCAGCGGCUGGCGGCAUCACCACCAUCGUUGAUAUGCCACUGAAUUCCAUUCCACCAACGACAACUUUGAAAAACCUUAAGACGAAGGUUUCCUCUGCUAAGGACAACGUUUUUGUGGAUGUUGGUUUCUGGGGAGGCGUUAUCGCGGGAAAUCAGGACUCUCUUCAAGAUCUAGUGAAAGCUGGUGUGGUAGGAUUCAAGUGUUUUCUGUGUCCUAGUGGUGUAGAGGAAUUUCCGCACGUCGAGUCUGAAGAUUUGGAGAAGGCGUUUGCUGCGCUGGAAGGAACAGGAUCAGUUUUAGCGUUCCAUGCUGAGGUAGAGGCAGAAAAUUUACCUACUAAAACUAAGAAGAAAAGGAAUGAUCCAGAAGAAUACCGUACUUACCUAGAAUCCAGACCACCCAGUAUGGAACAAGACGCCAUAUCUCUAAUAACAAGUUUUCUGGAUAAAACAGACGUUCGCGUUCACGUAGUACACGUAUCUGCCGCAAGUGUAGUCCCGCAGCUGGCGGAGGCUCGGAAGAAGCGAGUAGCGAAUGGAUACUCUGGAUGGAGGGGUGGCGUCACCGCUGAGACUUGCCAUCACUAUCUUACUCUCAGUGCUGAGCAGGUACCACGAGGCCACAGCGAGUACAAGUGCGCCCCACCUAUCAGAGAUGAGGGUAAUAAGGAACAAUUAUGGCAAUACUUGUUAGAAGACAAAUUGGACAUGGUUGUAUCGGAUCACUCGCCCUGUACACCAGAUUUGAAGUGCAAAAAUAAUUUGGAAGCUUGGGGUGGUAUUUCAUCAGUUCAGUUCGGACUAUCUCUUUUCUGGACUAACAUAAGCGCUAGGGGUCUUGACUUGAAGAACAUCAGCAAGUAUUUGUCGUCGGGUCCGGCGCAUCUAUGCGGUCUUCAGAACAAGAAGGGGGCACUGAAAUCUGGCCUUGAUGCUGACUUAGUGUUCUUCGAUCCUGACGACACGUUCACGGUUACAACGGAAAUAAUUAGACAUAAAAAUAAGUUGACUCCGUAUUUGGAUAAGGAGUUGAGGGGAGUAGUGAAAAAGACGUACCUGCGCGGACAGCUGAUUUAUGAUAACGGUGACGUGCUCGGUGAACCUAAGGGAACACUCCUAAUAAACGAAUUGUGAUUUAAAAAAA